AUGUCCAUCGACCUGGCGUGGGCGGACUUUGCGCCGUCGCUGGUGGACGACCUGCGGGCGCGCCUCAAUGCGCGCCUGAGCGAUAUGGAUCUGCCAUCGUACAUGGGCCAGACGUACAUCGAGGCGCUGGACCUCGGCACUGAUGCGCCUGACGUGCAGGUCGUGCACGUUGGCGACGUGUGGCGCGAGUUCCGCGAGGCCAUCGCGCCGAGCCGCACACCGAAUGUGGCGUGGACGCCGCCGCGCUCGGCCUCGGUCCCCUCGCGCAUGCCCAUGCGCCUGCGCACGUUCCGGCAGUACGACGACGAGAUGCCGACGUCGGUGCUAAGCGAUGCCGAGAGCCUGAUGAGCGAUAUGGACGACUCGCUGUACCGCGGGAGCGACACAGACUCGGAUAUGGGCACGCUCCUGCACGACGAUCCCGCGCACGUCGAUAGCGACGUGCCGUCGGUCCAGGUGCAGCUCAGUGUGCAGUGGCUCACGUCGACGCUGCGGCUCAGUGUGCGCACGUCGCUGCAAAUUCACCACGCGGACAGCACGGUGAUGAGCCUGCCGAUCACGCUCGUCGUCACCGGCCUCGAGCUGUUUGCACAGGUCAUCGUGGCGCUCGACGGCGCCACUCCCUGCCUGCACCUCUCACUCUCGGAGCCGUCCGCCGCGCCAUGCGCGCCGGACGGCCUGCGUGCCGCGCACGAUCCGCGCAUGCGCAGUCGGCACCAGGGCGAGCGCAUCCUGCCGUAUCUCGCCGUCGAGUCGCAGAUCGGCGAGCCCAGCAAGCAUGUGCUCGAGAACGUCGGCAAGGUCGAGCGCUUCGUCGGGCACAUGCUGCGUCAGCUCCUCGAGUCGGAGCUGGUGUAUCCGCACUUCUACACGGUCUACCUCUGA